UUAGAUAGCUGCAGGAUGCCGCUUCCAGAACUGCCACUAGAAAAUAAUACACAUAAUGGCCUGGUCUGCCCCGCCGCUUCUACCAUCGUAAAGGAAAAAUACAAGCCGACCUAUGCCAUGAAGUGCACCGGAGAUGAGACCUAUUGUUUCGAGUUCACAGACAGAAGGAAAUCAAAUGGCUACCUGGCUGGAUGUGCGUCUUAUCGGUAUUGUUAUGUAAUACCUUUAAUUGGUGCAUUUUAUGAUUCUCAUUCAACAACUUCAAAGACGUCCUGCAGCAGGGCGAACAGAACAAGUUCUUUGCCAGUGGUUAACUCAUUGUUAUGCCAGAAAUGUCGUGGAUCUGUUGACAUCAAAUGUGAACAGUAUGAAACAUGUUCAACAGAAUAUGAUGCCUGUGUGACCAGCAUUUCAAAGACUACAUAUGGAGGAGAGAAAACUAUAGAGCUUUCAAAAAGAUGUGGAUAUUCAUCGGAAUGUAACAAAGCCGGGAUCAUCGCCACGGCCCAGAAGAGCAUAUCCAAAAACACCACUUGCUGUUAUACCGACCACUGUAUUUCUCCAAUACCAACCUUUCCUUUAGAGAGCGAAGAAGCCAAUGGACUCAUCUGUGAAUCCUGUUUUCUUAAAGAAUACGGUAGCUGCUCUGGUAAAAAUCAUAUCGCUUGCUCCGGGAAUGCAACACAAUGUAUUGCCUACACACAGAAAGUGGUAAAAGAGACUUUUACAAGCAGAGAAGUCUUACAUGGUUGCACCCACCCCAGUAUAUGUGAUAGUGGAAAUAUAAAUGUGACCUAUGAUCAAACUACCAUACAGGAAACAAAAAUAUGUAGUAUUCCAGCUAAAAGUUGCGUACAUCCUCCUAACAUCCUAUGUGCUGCCAUCAUGUUUAUGAUAUGGUCAAACUCAGUGUAGUUAAUGAAGUUUAAGUCCUCCCAAGCCCCAGUUUUGAUCAAACCCAACGGGAUAGGUGGAGUAAGAUUUA